GCAUAGUGUCAGCUUGUUGGGCUGCUUUGGUGUACCACGGCAAACAAGGUUAUGUUGAUUAUACAAGGAGUAUCAUCCAAACUACUAGAAAGAUAGAAGAAGGGUGUCGCAACAUCAAAGGAGUCUUUGUGUAUGGCAAGCCAGAAGUAUCAGUUGUUGCCUUAGGGUCCAAUGACUAUAACAUCUAUCAGCUCUCGGAUAGAAUGGGCAAGAGAGGCUGGAAUUUAAAUGCUUUGCAGUACCCUGCUAGCAUCCACAUUGCAGUGACAGUCCUGCAUACCCAUCCAGGUGUUGCUGAGCGUUUCAUCAAAGACAUAAACGAAUUGUCUGCAGAGCUCCUUGCAAACCCACCAAAAGAUUCUGGUGGAAGUGCAGCAUUGUAUGGAAUGGCUCAAAGCAUCCCAGAUCGAUCUCUUGUGGGGGAGAUGGCAUGGUGCUACCUGGAUGCUGUAUAUUCCACCAAAAUAUCAAAGAAGCCCACUAUUGAGUAGGCAGCUCACCAAGAGAAUAAGAAGCAGUAUGGAAGAAUAUGGAAAUUGGCUCUUUACAUGGCAGUGUAUUUUCAGGAAGUAAUUUACUGCUCGUUUCCAAACUAUCAUUAACAGUUGUUAUAUAAUAUCACUUGUAAAGGUUUAACAAGAAACAGUAAAGGAUGUCAAUUAAAUGAAGUACAUUGUAAUUUUGGCAAGUUUGAGAGUAUCAUAAGCAAUUAUUCUGGUAUUUAGUGUAGCCAGGAUGUGGUAUUAACAUUUUAUGUUAUUUUUACACGGUUUUGUAAUGUGAAGUAUUUUAUGAGAGUACAGAGGGAGUUGUGUUUCAGCUCAAAUUUAGAUUAGCAGAAAGAUGAUCAAUGCACCAGAGAGAACUGAUGUAUUUACUUCAUAUAGAAAAUAGUAUUGAUCGUCAGAUGAAAGUACCAAAGUCUAAUUGUAAGCUUGUUUGAUAUCUAAAGAUCACAUAUAAACCAGAUGAGAGAAAAUAUUUAGAAUAAAGAUAAUUAAAAGACCAUUUUAUGUAUUGUACCCUUAAGCUAAAGUAUGACUUGAUUCAGAGUGCACUCUGUAUGUAAUUAAAUUCAAAGCAUUAAAAAUAUUUUUAGAAAAUGAAAACUAUUGUCUCA